AUGGUGGAUCGAUCUACUAAAGGCUCCAUCGACGAACCAGCUCUUCCUUUCUUACGACUCUUCAAUGCCCAUCCCGAUUGGAUUACCACCAGCACUUGCAGCGGACGUCUGGUUACUUAUCUACCAGGUCCGACCAUGGCUACGGGGACUAGCAAGAUAUCUCCUGUUAAUGGAAAGGGGGGUGGUGAUUGGCUCUUUGUAUCUCAUUCGACCCUUUCACCGUCACAGCUCGCUAGCCCAAUUUCCACACUCUUUGGCGGGCGUGAUGUUGACACGACUCACUGCGUUCGAUCCGAGGUGUCCGACCGGAUUAUCCAAAUGACCUAUCAGCCUCCGGUCUUACAUCUCAUGGCACGCUCUAUCAGCAUCGCAGCCACAGUUUUACAUGCGGCGAUCGGAGCUGGUUUCAGAAAUUCAGGAAUCACAGUCGGACAGGGUGGUCGAGUAAUCCUGGCAAUUCGUUCAAGUACAGGUGGUCUAGAUGUACCUAUCGCUCGACUUGCUAAAGAAACAGAUGAUGCAAAAAUAGAAUUACUUGUGACUGAAGACUAUUUAUCCGACUUACUAGCAAUGGGAAAUAGGUUAAUGGAAAAGAAUGAGUCAAGGUUAUCUCGAUUAUUAGCCGCCUUUGAAUUAGCUCUAAAACAACCUGAACCUAAUGUUGAAUGGGAAACACCUGAAGAACGACGACGCAGAAUGAAAGCUGAGGGACUUGCUUUACAAUCCAAAGGCAACACUGUUCAGACGAAUGAAACGACUACUGAAGAUGACAUAGAUCUAGAUGGUAUGCAAUUACUUGAUGAUGUAUGA